AUUAUUAAUCUGAUAAAUUCAAUGUAUGAAAUUCUUUCAUUGAGAACAAAUAGCCGCAUUCUUUUCUGUGACGAAAGCAAACGUAUCCGGCAAUAGCGAGCAGACUGCUUAUGCCCGCCCGUUGCAAUUAAAAAACGCGACGUCCUUCGCGUGUACCUUUUACAAUCUUUCAACAAAUUUAGGUAUGGGCGUUGGUCUUCGCUACUCGCGUUACGAGAACGUUUCAUGGUUCUUUAAGAAAAUUUAUUGCCCUGCAUCCUGUUUUUCGAUUGUCAAGGUCCAAACGAAAUCCGACGGCGUGACGCACCAAAAACUCUAUAUUACACAUUGUACGAUUUCGUAUAAAAAGACUAAGCAAAUUUCGUUAUGGUAUCAGUCUCAAUCAGUCAGUCUUUAGACUCGCAACACAGACCUACAAAAUGUUCAAGUUGGUGGUGUUGUCCGCUCUCGUCGCCGUAGCCGUGGCUAAACCAAGUGUCUUACACCACAGUGCCAUCGAAGUAGCUGCCCCGCUAGCUUACUCCGUGCCUGCUGCAGUGAGCCACACCUACAGGGAAGACGUAAUCAGCAAACCCCAUGCCGUCGCCGUAGCCGCUUAUGCCGCCCCGGUAGUCCAGAAGGUCGCUUAUGCCGCCCCAGCGGUAGCAGCCUACGCCGCGCCAGUUGUGACUAAGACCGUCGUAGCUCCAGCUGCCGUCAGUCAUACCUACAGGGAAGAUGUCAUCAGCAAACCCGCUUACGCUGCUGCCUACGCCGCCCCCGUAGCUUAUUCCGCCCCAGUGUACGCUAAAUCGGUAGUUGCCGCCCCCGUAGCUUACUCUGCCCCAGUGUACGCUAAAUCGGUGGUUGCCGCCCCUGCCAUUAGCUACGCCGCUCAUGUUCCAUCUGUCCACGCAUGUCAGUUAUUCGACUCGCAACACAGACCUACAAACAAUUUCAAAAUGUUUAAAUUGGUGGUGUUGUCAGCUCUCGUAGCCAUAACCGUCGCUAAACCAAGUGGCGUUUUGCAUGGCGCCGUUCAAGUAGCUACUCCGAUAGCUUACUCAGUACCAGCUGCCGUCAGUCACACUUACAGGGAAGACGUCAUCAGGAAACCCGCUAAAGUAGCUGCCUAUGCUGCCCCGGUAGUGCAAAAGGUUGCGACCUACGCAGCUCCAGCAGUAGCAAGUUAUGCCGCUCCAGUGGUAGCUAAAACCGUCGUAGCUCCAGCCGCUGUGAGCCACACUUACAGGCAAGAUGUGAUAGCCAGCAAACCCACUCUCGUUGCCAAAGCAGUAGUUGCGGAACCCGUUGUUGUUGCCGCUCCAGUGGUGGCGAAGUCUGUGGAAGUUGUCCCAGCAGUAGCUGCUUACGCUGCCUCUCCCGUAGCUGUAGCUGCACCGGUAGCAUAUUCUGCCCAUGUAGGUUAUUCGGGAUCUGCUAUUAUUUCUGGACCGGUAGCACAGAAAACCGUCAUUUCUGGACCUGCGGUAGCGUCGCCAGUACUCAGCUACGCUGUGCCUGAUAUCAAAGCUUGGUAGAGAGGACUGAUUAGACUGUGUAAACCGAUUUUUGUAAAUAUAUUUUCGACUACAAUUCUCUUUAUUUUAUUGAUUUAAGAAUCAAACCCUAUAUAAAUUCAAUAGAAAAUUAUAUUUUGAUAUCAAUCAAUUAAUAGCCUUUUUGUUAGUUGAACUGCACAAAUAUCUUAAAGAAAGUAAUUGAGGUCUGGAUAAGUGUGUUUCCUUUCUGUUUAAACUAAAAAAACUACCAAAAAUGUCCGUCGAAAGUGUUCAAAUGACUUAAGGCAUGUUUGUUGAUCAAGAUACUUCAGGCACAUUCAUCGUUGCAAAUUGUAAUUCUCAUAUGAAUUGUUGACGAUUAAUUAUUUAUUUCAAGUGGAAUUGAAUUUGUCGUACGAAUUCCCUGAUGUAAUUAACUAUAAUGUUCUAGAUUAAAGGACGUUAGGUACUUGCUAAUAGCCAAUUAGUCGAACAUAACAGUUAUCUGAUUCAGGAAAGGCGUUCAUAAUGCGCAUAGACUUGCACAAGUCAACGGAUAUUGAACGUAUAUGUUCAUUAUCGUUUGGUUAGGUUGGCCGUCUUGCUCCGGCAUUAUUUCCUGUUAAUUGGCCACAAACAACUGAACGCUGGAUAAUUCAAUGUUUUAUGUGGUGCACAUGCGGCGAAGUGUUAACCACUAAAUGUCGACGAUCGAGUACAAAUUAGGCGCGUGAAAGGUUUUUGAAUAUAAUUAGCAUUUGGGCUGAUCAAUUUGACUUCGGCCCAUUCAAAAAGUAACUGGCUUUUACUUG